AUGGAUCGCGUCGUCCGUCUGCUCAAAGGACAAUGGUCAAAAUCACAACAAGUCCAGGACAAUGAACCCAUCGAAGAUCUCAAGGGUAUGGUAAGAAGUGUAUUUAACAUUACCCCACAAAGACCCCUCCUCGUCAUGUUUCAACUACGUGGUUGUAUGCUAGAGCCAGACAGUGACACUUGUCCACCUCACAAAAUUGUAACCAAUAGUGAUGUAGAAAUGGUGAUGAGUGUCCAAGACUUCAAUACACAGCCAAGACUGUGUAUAAUAUUCGGAGCACAGGAUGUCUCUAGGUAUCAAUUCAUAUGUAGAGAACCAUUCACUAUUGGGGCAAUAACUUUUCUUGGAGACGGUAUAACAAAGGAAGAGCACCUGUUUGCGAUUCAAGAUUUGGUUAGAGGUAAGGAGUUGCGAUUUAGCGAGGAUGUUCUCACCGAUAUUUACAAUGAGGAGAAGUUGGUACUUAUUAUCGCUUUUCCUUCGAAGUUUAGAAAGCAACCAACUCUGUUGACCUUAAUGUUGUCCCUCCUGAUGGUGAUACCGACCAUGUUAUCUCCAUAA